AUUAUACUACUGACUUGACCUCAACUAGACAUGAAAGAGAGCGGAGCGCUGGAACCAUCGAAAGGUCUCGAAGCACCAGUGUUAUUGACAGUGAUACCUCUGCUCGCCUCUCAGGAAAGAAACGUGCAGGUAAAGAGAUGGGCAUCAGUGACAAUGAAAAUGCCGAGAGCGAGGGUUCAGAGUUGAGAGGGAGAAAGAGACGAAAAGCAGAUCAACAGCGUGAUGCACGUAGAAAGAAGGCUGCAAGAAAUAAUCUAAUAGCAGUUGCAUCUGUCCAUGGUUCUCCUGCCGGUUCUCCAGUACCAACAACCCCAACAUCAAUUGAUGACCGACAAUCAUUGGCUAGAUCUGUCAUCGGUUAUGAUAAAAGUGGUGGAAACGUUGAACCUGUUCUGGCUAUGCGUUUCACCCCAUUCAAAGAUAUGGCAGAAUCCAAACUUGCGCAAUGCAAGGUGAUCUCUUUAUGGCUCGAUAAA